AUGGAGAACAUCUUCGCCAAGAUAGCACAAGAUACCACCAAGUUCGAUCUUGGAGAUGAAGAAGGCUGGAGAAAGCUUUACGAACCUUUAUAUGCCGAGGCACCGGACAAUGUCGGCGUAGUGAAGGACGAAUCGUACGGACCGGCCGAGCGUAACCGACUGGAUGUAUAUUUCCCUCUCGAGGAGAAGCCGGGAGGAUACCCAGUUGUGCUCUACGUUCAUGGAGGUGGAUUUUUUUCUGGAGACAAAGGAUGGAGUGAGAAGUGCUGGGCGAAUGUGGGAUUCUUCUUUGCGCAGCGUGGUUUUGUCACGGUUCUCGCAAAUCAUCAACUUGUCCCGCAUGUCGUCUACCCUGGAGGGGCCGAUGAUAUGCAGCUCGCUCGGGAAUGGAUUUUUGAGAAUAUCGCAAAGGAAAAGUAUGGGAGAGGAAUACCGGAGAAGGUCGUCCUUUUGGGUCACUCGUCCGGUGGAGCACAUAUUGCCAUGAAUCUAUACGCCGCAGGGGAUCCAAAACGGAAAACCAAUGUCCCACUAUCCCCCCCUGUUGCGGGAGUCAUUUACCUAAGUGUACCGUUCUGGUUUGACAGGAGAAAGCCUGUGCGACAGAGGGUCAUUCGCCAUUAUUGGGGGUCAGACGACGAGGAGGUUUGGGGUCCUCUUUCUGCACUGGGACUAUUCAGAAAUCUGCCGGAAGAUUCUCCGUUGUUAGAUUCUGAGCAAUUGCCAGUCUACAUCGGAAGUGUUAAGUGGGAGGUAAAAGAAACCGCUGAUGCCACUGUGGCCUUCUUCAAUGCCUAUCGUGAACGGAGUAAGCCUCCAGGAACGCUGCCAGUGUUUCAUGUACAGGAUAGACAUAACCAUGUCAGCAACGUCUUAUCCAUUGGAACUGCAGAUUCCGCACAGGCGGAACGACUGUUGGAUUUCAUGCAGUCUUGUGUGGCAAAAGUGGAUCAACGAAUUCAGCGUACGCUUUCUGUGGAUCACUAA